UAAAGCAAAAACACACUCUGAGAGCCUCUGAGCUUGAAAGCAAAAGCAAUGGCGGGGAGAGGUGAUUAGUGAAAUCUCUGUGAUAACCCUAUGAGGCAAGGGCACUUCUCUCUUCCCAUCCCCUCACUCUACGCCGUCGCCACCGGUCUCGCUCAGGUGCGCGCCGACUCAUCUGCGCUCGAUAGGCUUGCCUCCUUCUCCUCGUUCAAUCAGCUCUCGCCAUCAGUCAAUCACCGAAUCACCCUCCCAAAAACCUUUACCGUAGUCGAAUCCCGCGCCUUCCUCGCUGUGCUCCUCAACAAGCUCCUCCUCUCCGGUUCCCCAAACCUUCGUACUGUCCUUCCGGUUCGAUUCUCCGAAGCACUAAAUUCCCGGUCUCAAGCCCUAGAAUUCGAACCCAUAUGUGACCCAAGAGAUGCUCUAUGUGCUGGAGAAAUCAUCCGCUGCUUUGUGUGUCCUCCAUUUUGGACCACGAAUCCGCGGCUUUAUCGGCAAUUUCCGACGCUGUCGCUGCCAUUUCGUGUGAGGCGGCGAGAGCCGCCUUGGCGGCGUUCAAUUCGGUUGAUUCUGGAGAUGGGUUUUGGGCUAAGGAGGAGGUUGGGGUGGCCAGUGAUAUGAAGGUUGUGCUCAAUGGGUCGAAGUUGGUGGGUAAGGUUGAGAGUUUAUCAGUCUCAGAAAUUCCGAAACUUCACGGGUGCUUGAGGAAGAUAGUGAAGCUGGUUCAUACCGAGACGCGAAUCGGGUUGAAUUCGGGCGUGACGGUGGCGAAUGCAGAAGGUCUGUUGGUGCAUACCGUAUUGUCACCAUUGGCCUUGGCGCUGUAAUACUUGGGGGAGUGUAGCUUGAGCCGUGCUAAAUCGAAUUUGGAUUUGGUUGGCAGCGAUGAUUUGCGGUCGAGUUUGGCGGGUUUGUUCGAAAGGAAAUGCAUGAAUAGUGAGAGUUUUGAGUGUUGAGGUGAAUGGAGGAGGGAAUGUGAAGGUGGCGAGGAAGGGUGAGAAAAAGAAGAAGAAGGUGGUGUUGGGGAAAGGGACUAGUGUGAUUGUGCAAUUGAUUAAGGAUAGGUUGCAGGGUAAGGGAGUGGGCGGGAUUGAGGGUUCAGGGUUAUUGGAGAUAUGGGUGGAAGAACUUUUGUUGUUUUUGGACCCGAAGGAUCGGGAAUUCGACAGUUUGUUGCAGAGAGUGGGGGAGAUUGUGGAAAGCAAUGAAAGUAAAAGGCUGCCAAAGCUUCCCAAGAGUACUCGUGAUUUUUCGAAAGAACAAAUGACAAUAAGAAAGGGAGCUUUCUCACUUAUCGAGGGAGUUUUCGAGAAGCAUGGUGCCAUGGCUUUGGAUAGUCCAGUUUUUGAAAUGAGAGAAACUCUCAUGGGAGAAUAUGGGGAAGAUUCAAAAUUGAUUUAUGAUCUUGCUGACCAGGUUGGUUCAAUUGCUGCUGGCGGGCGUUAUGACAACCUUAAUUAUAGGUAUGCUUGGUACAAAGCAGGUUCCAGCAGUUGGUGUUAGUCUUGGAAUCGAGUGAGUAUUUGCUAUAAUGGAGCAGCUUCAUAAAGAUCAAAACCAGACAACACGAGCAACGAAGACCGAAGUCCUAGUUUGUAUAUUGGGGGAUGACCUGCCUCAAGCUGCAGAGCUGGUAAGUGAGCUGUGGGCUGCCGAGCUGAAUGCCGAAUAUCUUGUCAACAAAAGAGUGAUGAAGCACAUUGAGCAUGCUAGAGAGUUGCGGAUCCCGUGGAUGGUUAUCGUGGGCGAGCGGGAACAGAGUGAAGGGAUUGUGAAAUUAAAAAACGUUGAGGCUGCUGAAGAAGAAGAAGAAAUUCCUAGGAGUAGACCUGUUGAAGAACUUCAAAUACGAUUGAAACGAUGAAAAAUAAUACAAGCCAGAUUUCAGUUCUAACCAGUGAAGGGACGUCGGAUUUUUAGGCAUGGCAGGACAUCAGCCACAGUUGGGAAGAAAGUUGAAGACCAACAACAAUUUCGUCACUUUGGUUUGGCUACUUGUGUCACUUCUGUCUGCACUAUCGAGCAUGGCCGAGUCCCAGACAAUCGUCGAGACCCUACCUGGCUUUCCCGGCAAACUUCCUUUCAAACUUGAAACUGGAUAUGUGGGCGUCGGGGAAGCCGACGACGUACAACUGUUUUACUACUUCAUAGAAUCCGAGGAGGACCCCAAGAAGGACCCUCUGUUGCUCUGGCUAACCGGCGGCCCCGGUUGUUCUUCUCUCACCGGACUGGUUUACGAAAUUGGUCCAUUGUCAUUUAAUUAUGAAGAUUUCGAUGGAAAUCUACCAACAUUUUUAUUGAACCCAUAUUCAUGGACAAAGUUUGCUAGCAUUAUAUUUUUAGAUGCUCCCGUUGGCACGGGAUUCUCAUAUGCAACAACCUCCCAAGGUUACAAUGUGACAGAUCAAAUAGCAGCAGCACAAAACUAUGAAUUCUUGAGGAAGUGGCUAUUGGAUCACCCAAAAUUCAUGUCAAAUGAGCUUUACGUCGGUGGUGAUUCAUAUUCCGGCUUAAUCGUUCCAAUCAUCGUUCAAGAAAUAUAUAAUGAUAAUAGUGUCGGACGCACACCAUUCAUGAAGCUCAACGGGUACUUGCUUGGCAACCCAGUAACAGAUCCAGGUAGGGAUGCCAAUGCAAGAGUCGAAUAUGCUCGUGGUAUGGCACUUAUAUCUCCUGAACUCUAUGAGGCUGUGAAAAGAAGUUGCCAUGGUGAGUAUGUGAACGUAGAUCCAGAAAACGUAGAAUGUUUGAAAGAUGUUGCAGCUGUGACGAUGUGCCUCGAAAAACUUUAUCCUGCCCACAUUUUGGAACCCAGGUGCCCAAAAUCAGUGGGAUUAGGAUGGAAUCAAGCAUUUCUUGAACAAAAUCCUACGGAUAUUCUCCUUUCAUUGUCUCAACCUCCUGCCUUAUGGUGCCGGCUUUAUAAUUAUGUGCUCUCUUACAAUUGGUGUAACGAUGAAUAUGUACAAAAUGCUCUUCACAUCCGGAAGGGAACAAUCAAGACCUGGGUAAGAUGUAAUUGGACCUUGUCGGCCUACACAUCUGAUGUUAUCAGUGUCGUUGACUAUCAUCGAAAUUUCACCAAGACAGGUUACCGAUCUUUGAUUUACAGCGGAGACCACGACCUGACUAUUCCGUAUGUGGGCACCCUAGGAUGGAUUAGAUCCCUCAAUAUGACUCUCAAUGAUGCUUGGGCCCCAUGGCUCGUGGAUGGUCAAGUUGCCGGGUACACAAUGGACUUCUCGAAGAAUCAAUAUAGUAUGACUUAUGCUACAGUCAAGGGAGGGGGUCACACAGCUCCAGAAUACAAGCCUAAAGAAUGUUUUGCCAUGGCGAAAAGGUGGUUUGCCCACUACCCUCUAUGAUCUAAUAGGCCUUUGCAAUAUGCACAAUGACAAAAUGAAAAAACAAUUUGCCCACAAUCCAUUAAUUAUUGCAAGAAAUUUAUGGUGUAAUCAUAAAUAUUUGGUCUUGCAAGAGUCGUGUUAGAGUCUAAUAAAGAAUAGAUCCUUAAUAAGGAGUUGGAGUUUGAUUAGUUAACAGAGGCAGCCCAGAUCAAUUCCUAUUUCUUUCUUUUAUGUAACCAUUCUUCUAUUUAAAAGCGAAACUAUUAAUAAUAAAAUUUGAUGGUUGAUUAUUAUCUUCAAA